UUGAACGUAAUUCAUCAUCAUUAAAUAUGGCGUCUGCAGCAGGAAGUGGUUUUGGUAGAUUUAUGAACUCACCAGCAGGUCCAAAAACAGUCUUCUUCUGGGCACCACUCAUGAAAUGGGCUCUCGUUGCUGCUGGCUUGAAGGAUUUCAAUAAACCUGCAGAUAAGCUCUCCUUCAAUCAGAACCUUGCACUCGCUGCAACUGGUUUCAUCUGGGUUAGGUACUCUCUCGUUAUCACUCCUGUCAACUACUCUCUCGCGGCCGUAAACUUCGGUGUCGGCUGCACUGGUCUCACCCAACUCGCAAGAAUAUUCAUGCACAAGCAAGAGGAGAAGAAGAAGCUCGAGCAAGCUGAGAAAGUACAAGAGCAAACAAUCUAGUCCUUAACAACCAUGGAUAUAACUUUAACAACAUAAAAACAGCAUUAGCAGAAACUGUAAUCUUUCUUACUUCUUUCUAUAUAUCAUAUUAGAUCCACAAAUACUACGAUACUUCGAGUUCGUAAUACUCAUUCUCUCUGUUCCUCCUAGGUCUUAAACAACUCAAGAGAGACAACAAAUUUGUCUGUUUCUCAUCAUUGCUAUGGAGCUUGUUCAUCAUUAACUCUGAUACCCGCACCCGAUCAAUUAUGCCAACAAAAGAACCUGCUUGUGUGACCAAAAAUACUCGGGAUACACCCAUCUUCUGAAAUGUCGAUACCACAAUCUCCACUGGCGUCUGUGGAUAGAAAAAUAGCUGUGACGUAUCGACGAAUCUACUGAAAUCCAAUGCGCUCUCUUCUUUGGAUAGUGCAUUACUUUCAAAUGUGAAGGGUGUGUCGUAUUCGGUGUCUUCAAUGCUAU